GUUUAGGACAGAAAGUUGUUACUCAGCUGGAAAGCAAAGCCAUGACGUUUGUCGAACUCGAGUAAAACUUUCUUUGCAACUUAGCACCGCUUCAUUUUGAGUGAGUACGAUGCUGAGAAAGCAGGGAAUGGAUUACUGCUAGCGCCACAGCCAGGGGUCCGAGCUAUUAGGGACGUAGUUGUUGCUGCAUUUAACAUAUUUGCAACAUUUAAAUUGCAAUGUAGCGGUGAAUAAAAAUAAAUAAAUAAAUAAAUAAAGUUACUUGGGAAUCCUAAAUACAAAUCGGCGUUGAAAGUCAGCAAGUGGAAGAUAAAAUGCUAACUCCGUUUCUAACCGAUUUGAUCGCAGUGUUGGUGCUGUGCCGAGUUGCGGCUUCGCAGUAUUCCAGCGAUCAGUGCAGUUGGAGAGGAAGUGGGCUGACACACGAAUCGCACACGAGGGACGUGGAGCAAGUCUACCUCCGCUGUUCAGAAGGGAACUUGGAGUGGCUCUACCCAAUGGGAGCCUUAAUCGUCAACCUGAGACCCAACACCCUAACAGCGGCCUACAAGUACUUGACUGUGUGCAUCAAGCCAUUGAAGGACUCCAAAGGAGCUAAUAUUUAUUUAGAAAAAUCUGGGGACCUGAAGUUAUUAAUCCGGGAGCAGGACCAUAGCCCUAACCAGGUUUAUUGCUACGGGAUAGACGAGGGCUCCCUGUUUAUAGAGGCAACCCUACAGCAAGACAUUAGCAGGAAGAUUACUGCCUUCCAGUAUGAACUAGUGAACCAGAGGCCUGGAUCUGAUUUGCACACUCUUUCUGCUCCUUGUCGCCCAUGCAGUGAUACAGAGAUUCUCUUGGCUGUCUGCACUAGUGAUUUUGCGGCAAGAGGCACCAUCAGAGGCGUGACGCACGAUUCGGAGCUGCGGGAGUCAACGAUAGGGGUGUCUGUGAGCAAGCUGUACAGACAGAAGAGCAAAAUCUUCCGUGCCGCAGGGAAGAGCCGACGCUGGCUGGGUCAGAUCAGGACGCCACUGGAGUGCGGGGUCAACCCUGGAAACGGGGAAUUUCUCUUCAUGGGGAGCAUGCACUUUGGGGAGGCCAGACUGGGCUGCGCCCCUCGUUUUAAAGACUUCCAAAGAAUAUACAAAGAGGCAAGGGACAAAGGACAAAACCCUUGUGAAAUCGAUACGGACUGAAGAGGUGAGGUGCGUGGUGUUGGAAGCUGUGUGGCGCUUUGGCUGAACUGAACCGGUUUCUGAUUGGGCGUUACUGGAAUCGGGGGCUGAAGAAACGCAUCCGGCAGAAGGACAGAGCUAGCUGGGAGCUGGAGAAAAACUGAUGAACAAAAUGGCUGCUCCUUCGGAAUGCCCUUACGCAUUGCAUAGCACAGUGUUACACUUAUAAAGAAAUGGCGGUACUAGCUCUUAAAUGUUGCUAAGCAACAGGUUUGGACUGUUUUUAAAGCCAACUAAGUUUAAAACUUGGACCUCCUUAAACUCUAAUGUCUUAAGACUUUUGAAAUUACUGAUGAUGGAUUUGUGAGGUCUUAAUGAAAUACGAAUGUAGCAUUUGCUUGUGUAAAUUGUGUAAAUUGAGGUUAAUGUGAAAGAACAUUGUAGGAGAAGUCCCAUGUGCUUUGUAAAAAGCUUGAUGUACAGUUUGAAGUUGUUUCUUAUCACAGAAAUGUAUGAAGCUUAACCUGUUUUUGUUUCGUUGUUGUUUUUUUAAGGAGUGUGCAAUUUCAACCUGUAAUUUUUCUUCAGGCUAGUGAAUUGUAAAGAAGGGUUUUUUCCAGAGAAAUAAAGCUCCCUGGGUUGCACCCA